CAUCGCCCACCACUUUGUCUUCGCAUCUUGUUCUCAAUUUCUUGGAUUUCUCUCCCGAUUCGCUAGAAUUAGGGUUUCUUCAUCUUGGGUUUCGAGAAUGAUGGGAACCAGCAUCCAGUUCGGCCGCGUCCAUGGUGACGAUCGCUUCUACAACGCCGCCAAGGCCCGCCGCAAUCCCCAUCACUACCCUUUCCGGCCGAGGAGUUCCGCUUCCUCAUCCUCUGGAGCCGGAUCAUCUGCUGCUUCUACUGUAUCGAACGGCCGCGAGCCCGAGAAUCGCACUGGAUCCGAGCCGCAGUCAAAGGCCACGGCAGUGCUAUCUUCUCCAUCGGGCCCGGUUGCCCCCUCGCGCUGUAAUCUCGAUCGGUUUCUCGAAUCCACCGUUCCUUCAGUCCCUGCUCAGUAUCUCUCCAAGACUCGGAUGAGGGGGCGGAGGACGUGCGAUGUGGAAUUUCCCCCGUACUUUGCUUUGGCGGAUUUGUGGGAAUCCUUCAAGGAGUGGAGUGCUUAUGGCGCUGGGGUUCCUUUGCUCUUGAAUGGAAGUGAUUCUGUUGUUCAAUAUUACGUGCCUUAUUUGUCCGGCAUUCAAUUAUACACAGAAUCGAGUAGCCCGGCUGCCAGUUCUAGUCGGCCUGGUGAAGAAAGUGAUGGCGAUAAUUGUAGGGAUUCUAGCAGUGAUGGGAGCAGUGACUAUGAACAUCAAAGGUGUAUGAAAUAUUCAAGGAACUGGAACCAGAAAGACUUUGGAAGUGCCUUUGCAUUCAGAAUGGACAGAGUGUCCAUAAGAGACAACAAUGGAGCCUCACACGAAGAGUUCUCCAGUGAUGAUGGUGAAACUGGAAAUUUUCAAGGUCACCUGCUUUUUGAGUACCUUGAACAUAACCCUCCAUUUACUCGUGAACCUUUGGCUGACAAGAUUUCAGACCUUGCGUGCCGCUGCCCUGAAUUGAAGACUCUUAAAAGCUCUGAUCUUUCACCUGCUAGCUGGAUGUCAGUUGCAUGGUAUCCAAUUUACCGGAUACCCACUGGACCCACUCUGCAGGAUUUGGAUGCGUGCUUUCUCACUUUCCAUUAUUUGUCAACGCCUAUGAAAGCUGUUGGCAAUGCUCCUGGACCUAUUGUGACCCAUCCUCAAGGUGUAGAUGGUGUUCCAAAGAUCUCUCUCCCAUCUUUUGGUCUAUCCUGCUACAAGUUGAAGGGUUCAAUAUGGACUGCUACUGGUGUAUACGAGAGCCAAUUCCCGGACUCCCUGUUCCAAGCAGCUGAUGACUGGCUGAGACGUCGACAAGUGAAUCACCCCGACUACCAAUUCUUUGCUUCUCGUGGUGUGAUUCCCAGAUAAUGAUGAAAGAUCCCUCUAGCUUCAUUUGCUCUGCAAGAGAACCAGCAAAUCAUAGAGUGAGAUUGGUUGAGAUUGGAUGAUUGGCAAUCCAGUGUUUGUUGUCUCCAUUGCUUUGUUUUCCUUAUUAUGUCAUGAAACAAGUCUCAGAAGAACGCUUAAUUUAAGGAAAACUUAGAAAGGGAGGAAACCUUCCCUUGUGAUGGGAAGCAGGACAAAAUAAAUAAAAGCCCCUUGCAUAACUGGAAGAACAGGCAAAAGAAUGGGAGUUGACAUGCAAGAGCUGCUCUGGUUCAGAGAACUCGCCGAAUUCCACAGCAGGAACCUGUUUCUGCUUUCAUUUCUGCACAGCUAUCUGGAUGGACAUUGAGUUUUAUUUUGAUGAUGUCCUGAUAAACUUGUAAUAUUUAUGUCCCACUAUACACUCUACUAAGUGCUGCUGUGGUGUUGUCUAAAACAGUCUACCUGCUAAUGCUGCCUUUUCUAAGCCUCUUGGAUCAGUUUGUUGUAUGCUUGCCUAGUACCAUACUACCAUUAGUCUUAGGUGAGGUUCUUAAGACCUGCAUCAUAUAAAUACUUUUAGAUUUGAGCAACAAUAGCCUGUUUAACA